CAGCUGUUACAUUACAAGGACCAUCGGAUAACUAUACCAAUAAUUCGAAUGAUGUGGGUAAUUCUCAUCCCAAUGAAAGCUCAACAAUUACUGCAAUUACUACUGCAGUGCCUGAUGGAUCUAAUAAUAAACGUCCUAAUAGAAGAAGUAAAGGUUCUAAUGGUGGAAAUAAUAAUUUGAAUGUAAAUAGAGAUAGUAUUGCAAUUGCACCUCACACAUAUUCUAAUACUUCAAAUAACCAGCCUAAUCUUCGCCUAAAUGAAAUUCCUGCAGUUACUGUGGUGCAUGAUAAUGAAAGUUUAGCAGCUACUGCGGUGCAUAAUGUUAAUAGAGAGAAAAAUGAGGAAAAUAAGGAGGAAAUCAAAAAAAAUCUUACGACUAUAUUGGAACGUUCGAAUAGAAAAAACAAAGCCAGGUCAAAUUAUGAUGAAACUAAUGAGUUAAAUGAAGAUAAAGAACGUGUUGCAAUUACACCUAACAUUUCAAAUAACAGAAAUGGGUCUCAAUAUAAUAAUAUUGGGCGUGUUGAGUCUAACAAUCAACAUUCGAAUAGAAAAAAGAAUUUGAAUAAUGAAAAUGAUCAAGAUUAUAUUGCAAUUGAAUCGUCAGAUAUCUAUCAUGAAGAUGAUUAUCAUAAAAGAAAUGAUUUAAAUGAAGAUAGAGAUAAUAUUGCAAUCGCGUCAUUGGAUACUUAUUCUGCUAUUUCAAAUAAUGAGGGUGGCUCUCAUAACGAAAGUUUAGGAGUUGCUACUGCGGUUGUAAAGUCAGAGCAAAAAGUUUAUAUUAAAGAUAACGAAAAUGAUUUAUCCCUAAAAGCUAAUACUGUAUCAAAUGAAUUACAAGAACAGGAUCACAUAGAUUUGCUGAAAAAUCAAGGAAAAGAAGGCAAUAUUCGACCAAAUAAUAUAGAUGAAAGUGAUAAUAUCAAACUUUGCGAGACUGAUGCCAAUCAAGAUAUUAAUUUCAAAGAAAGCAUGGAUAGUACUGACGAAGCUGAAUUAUCCAAGAAAAAUAAAAAAAAGCAGAUAAUAGAUGUUACUAAAAAUGACCACGAUGACACCGAUAACCGAGAAUAUGAAGAUGACGAGCAAAAAAAAUAUAAUGAAAAUCUUUCUGAUCAUUCCACAUCAUUACAAAGCGGUCAAUAUAUUCAGCAAGAAAUUCAUGAUGUUGGAGUAGAACAUGAGGACUUGAAACACGACAACUCGACUCAAAGUAAUGAAGGCACCUUUGAUCUGGAUGAACAGUCUACUUCUGAAACUGGAAUUACAAAUUUUGUUGGAAAGUUUAUUGGAAAUGUUUUUCAGAAAGAAACCGAUUCCGUGGUAAUUGUAUUUUAUGUUCACAUGCCACCAAAAAUCAAUGAAACGGGAACUUUACAUGUUGUUGGUAAUAUACCGGAAUUAGGAGAUUGGGAAAAGAUCACAGUUAAACUUACUGAGAAAAAAAUUUAUGGUGAAAAUGAUUUUGAUGGACGUGUGCUUGAGGUAGAUGGUGGUAAUAUAUAUGAGAUCUGGAAUGAAAAUAGUAAAAUCUAUUUCCCUCAAGAAAUUAAGGAUGUUUAUUUAGUAAAAAUCAUAUAUGACUCUGUUACACACGAGAACCUUAAAGAACAGGUCAUGAAGUAUGAAAAGAUUCUGAAGGUUUAUCCAAAAUCAACAAAGGCGGCAACGUCAAUUGAUUUUAUUUUGAGAUCAUUUGAAGAAGAUAAAUCCUUGGAAAAGAGGCUUUUCUUAUGCGUUCUUUUUGGGUAUCAUGUUAAGGAAAGAGAUUCUCAUUAUUCUUUUUUACCUACCAACUUCCCAUCAUAUCUUUUUUUUGACACGCUCCAGAACGUUAAUGCUGAAACAUUCCCAUCUGAUACUUAUAAAAUUUUGACAUUGACUAUUCCACUUUUGGUUCAACAUAACUCACAAGCUGAAUUAUUCGAUUGGCUUAAAGUAUUUAGUGUAGUCAAUUUUAUCGACCCAAAAUAUGAAUUCAUCAAUUUCGUACCAGAUCUUCAUUAUGGUGAAAAAACGAUGAAUAGUUUUCUUAAGAAUCUUAAUGAUUUGGUUAUUCCGUUUAUUAGUACGAUUGAAGAUAAAGAACUUUAUACGAAAAUCGCCAAGUGGUUGCUUAGUCAAUGUAAAACUAUGAAGUUACUUGUUACUAUGUGGCAAGAUAUUAUUAUUCAUGACGUUGAGAUAGAUGAAUUACUUAGACCGCAUCUUAUUGAGCGUGUUCGAUAUAAUUUAAGUAGUAGUCAUUCAUGCAUUUAUCUUUGUAGUUGUUACUUUGAUUUGCCUGAGCACCUCAAAAUAAUAUUUACUGAGACAUUCCGUCAACAAUCUUUACGUAUUUUAUCCGCUUCCCAAAAUCGUCCAUUGGAAAAUGAUAAUUUGAAUGCAAUUUUUCGUCUUUUAACGAAUGUUCAAAUUCAAUGGCCUUUAGAGGAUUAUUUCAAAGUUCUAGAUAUUAUUUCCCAAAGUACGAAUCUUGGUUUUUUGACAAAAUUUAAUGAACUGCUAGAUUUUGCAUUUAAAACAUUCAAGGAAAUAGAAAUAGAUGAUCAGAAGCUUACACAUAUUUGCAAGAAAUGGUAUCGCAAUUUACUAGACCGGGCGUCAAGCGUUUCCAACUCAAAUACUAAAUUUAAGGAACUUAAGGAUAAAUUUGCGUUUUUUGCAUUCAAUCAAAUUUCAAGUGUUUAUCCUUACAUUGGCAAAAUUCCUGUUUGGGAUGUUUUACUUGGAAUGGCAGUAAAUCGUGUUAAAACUACUUCUGAAAAUAUUAUCCUUGGUUUUGUGACUAAAGUAGCACUAAGAUUAAAACAGCCGGUUGUUGAAGCAUUCAUUACUAUGGUUAAAGAAAAAUUUAAUUCAUCAAUAUGUAUUGCGGAUAGUCAACUUAUGACAAAGAUUAACCUGAUUUGUGAUUGUUCAGAUAAUGAUUUAAAAGUGCCUACAAGUUAUAAUGAAGAUGUCUUGUGUCAUAUUAUGCAUCGAUUACAAAAUACUUUUGAUUCCCAAGUAUUUCAUGAGAAUUCUUAUAUUACUUUACUUAAAUCUGGCAAAUUUUGGAUUCCGAUAUUAAAAGCUACAGGAAAUGUUGAUAAAUUACACACACAUCCACAAAUUAAUGAAGUUCGAAAUGCUAUUUCUCAUCUUGCUGAACUUUUGAUUGAAGAAUCUAUUAGUAUCAAUUUACUUCAAGAGCUUUUAAAAAAUGAUGAUGAUUUCUUACUUACAUACUUUGGUUUUGCUAUUAUGAAGGAAGAUUUAUCAGUUUUAAACAAGGAUAACCUGACAAAUAUUCGACACAAAUGUCGAAUAUAUGAACUAGAUCUUGAAUAUCUUAAUUCUUUUUAUGAAGAAUUUUGUCCUCAAUCUAUCGUCGUGAAUGUUAAAGAGUAUAUUGAUGACAUUUUGUUAAUACAUCAACGUAAGAGAGUUACUACACUUAGGGAUACAUCUUUGAAUCAUUAUUGGGGAAUGCACACACCGAUUUUGGGGAUUGCUGAAUAUUUAUAUAAAUAUAAGAAAUCUCAAACAUUCAAGAAUUAUUUGGAUCUCUAUUUGAAUGAUGAAAUACAUACUGAAGAGACGAUACAAGUUGAAAAGCUAGUUGAAAUAAUGCCAAAUAUUCUUAAAAACUAUUGUCAAAAGUGUAAUGGCUAUUCGAAAUGGCAAGAUCAGAAAUUUUCACUUGCCAAAAUUUUAUGGAAUAGAGUUCCUGAUAUUACUGCUGAACUUGAUUUAUCAAAUAUUGAAAAAGAUCAAAAAUUAAUUAAAACAUUAAAUGACUUAAGAGAUGAUGAAGCGUUGACAUUAGGAAAAUUAAGUAAUUCUUUUGAACUAUUGCAUGAAAGGCUUAAAAUGCUUGAUGAUGCAUGCUGGGCAUUGAUUAAAGAAUUGUCCUCUGCUGGAGAUUUUUUAGAGUGGCUUCGGUCAAUAGCGGAUCAUGAUAUUAAAAAUUUGAUUAAUGGAGUAGACGACCAUUCUGAUGAAAGACUUAUUCAAGAAGACACAGUAUCAUCUCUUAUUCAAGUCAAACAAUUUCUUUUACCGAUUAUGAUUGAUGCUAGAAAUUUUUCGUUAGAAGGAUUUUUGAAAGAAAUAAGAAAUGUUACAGAAACCAAUUCUUCAUUGGCUAGUAAAAUUACUUUGUGUAAUAGCAAUAAUAUGGCAUUACAAAAUAUGUACGCUUCUAUUUCAAAUCGCGGUGAAGUAACCAAGGAAAAGAUUUAUAAUGCGGUCAAAAUUGGUAUCUACGAAUUUAAAUGGACAUCAAAGGAUGAUAUAUGUUCUGCUACCUUAUCUUAUUCAUCUAAAAAUGGCGUUAAAAUGAUAUAUUCUAUGAGUGAUCUACAGGAUUUACGUGGUCGUGCGUUGUUGAUAGCUAAACCAGCAUCAACAAUAAACGUUGAAGAUGAACAAGAAUCAAAAGAUAUAAUGAAUGAAUUUAUAUUACAAGUAGAUAAAGCACAAAAUAUUAUUGAUGAAUCUAUUAAACUUAUUGAGGCAGGUCAUUUUAGUUAUCGAGAAUUUAAUAAAGAAGUUAAAGGUUUGGAGCAAUUGAAUAACCAUUUUAAAACAUUAGAGAAGGAUUUAAAAACUUGGGAAAGUACGGUAUCAAAAGUCCAACAAGAACAUUACUAUUUAACAUUCUUUCCCGCUCGACACGUCCUCUCCUUUUACGACUAUUUUAGCAAGGGAUCUAAUCGAAAGACUUGCGAGACCCUUGUAAGAUAUGUCAAUUUUGGAGCACGAUUACCAACACGACAUCCUAGAGAUGUAUUAAAUGUUAGGAAUAGUCAUUAUAAAAUCCUUUGUGACAUCGGGAUAAAAUUAAAAGGCAUUUUUGAAUCUCUAUCAAAGGAACCUCUUUCUUUUGAGGAAUGUGGUGAACGUGUAGUUUCUGAUGUCGUGUAUCCUGGCAAAUUAUUUGUCGCUUCAUGUGAUGAUCGAUCGGUUAUCCCUAAUAUCAUAAUGUCAUUAUAUGCUAAUAGUAAAUUUUAUCCUAACGCAUGGCAACUUUUAAUUUGUACAUCAACUACAACUUCAGAGGAAAUUGCAAUAUUUAUUAAGCGAUGUUCAUUUGCUUCGAUUAACGGAUACGACGUUCAUUUUUUUUGUAUGGCUAACCUAGAGGUUCUUGAUUAUAAGUUACAAUAUUACGUGGUUAAACAAGUAAGAAAUCUUUUGGAUAAAGCCAAAACUUUUUACCUGGCUUUAAUUUGUUGCCAAGAGUCAGGAAUGCAUCAUCAUAUCUUGGAUCAAUUUUCUGAAUAUGUUCGUAAAACUGAUGGAUUAAGUACGAAGUCAAUGAAAGAAUCAUAUAAACAAAUAUGUAAAAAAGUAAUAUGUGUGACUUCCGACUUAUCUGGUCAAGGAAAAACUGAAUGGAUAAAGCAAGAAAGUUAUAGAAAAAAGGCUAUUCCACGUACAUUUCUUAUUAAUGAUGGGGCUGAUUAUGGCAAAUUAGUGAGGAAAUUUCAUAAAUUUACGAUUCGUAAAGAAUUAGAUUCUUUACAUGUUAAUAUUAUUUCAACGGAUAAUCCAUGGGAAGUUAAUAUGUUUAUAUUUCAAUUAUUAACAUUUGGAAUUGUUUCGCAUCAAAGUGAUAUUGUAACCCUUCCGGAUAUCUAUAUAUUUAUCGAAGUUGCUUCUAGUAUAGAUAAUCGAUUGGUAAAGUUAUUACCAAUAGUUAGCUAUUUAGAUAAUCCACAUCUUAAAUUUAAUUUUAAGAAAUUAAUUGUAUCAAAUGAGGUUUAUAGUCCAAUUCAAGUAGUUUGUCAAUAUUUAAAUUUACAUGAGAUUGCCUCAUUGGAUGAAUAUGAUAUAGCUUAUAGGCAGGUCACGGAAACAUUUAAACCUCUUCUUACUAAAAGAUGUCAACAGUUAUUAUCCAAAUAUUUCUUUGACACUAUUGCGGCUGAUCUUGCGUCUUAUCGAUUCCUUGAAAUUUUCAUUAAUGUUUUUGCUAAUCAAUUGAUUCGGUUGUCAUAUAGUUCAUUUUUCACAGUAGAGAAUCUAAAAUUAAUGAUUAAAGAAAAUAACAUUCGGUCAACUUUAUUUAACACCUUAAUGGGUGUUUCUAAAGAUUUUGCAACGCGAUCAAUUCAAACAAAAAAUUCUCAAAAGCAAGCACUUUCAGAUUCACUUGAUCAAUUAGGAAAUAUAACUAGCUGGGAUGAUUCUAAUCAUCUUUUAGUAUGUUUCAUGUCUCAAACGCCAGAUUCUAUUUGUGCUUUAUAUCGUGAUAGAGCAAAAGUUCCCGAAAAUGUUCAGACUUUACUUAAAAGUCAAGAUAUUUCAAGGGAAACAUGGCAAUUAGAAGAUUAUAGGACGAUGCCAAUGUAUUUGUUAUUGCAAAAAUUGGAAGGUUUAGCACGUAAAACGCUUCAUAAACUUAAUUAUCCACUUUAUGCUUUAUCAGCUGAUAAUCUUUUAAAGAUGGCUUUGAUUUUAUUAAGAACACGCGCUAACGUACCUGUAGUAAUUUGUGGUGAAGCUGGAUUAGUUGAGGCUGAAUUUCACGCACUAAAUCUUCAUGCUGGCAUAACAGAAGAAAUGAUUAAUCAAUUUAUGGAUGAUUCUCAGAAAAACGUUGACCAUAAUGAAGUCUGGUUAUUUUUUGAUGAAAUCAACACAUGCAAUCACAUCGGCCUUUUAGCAGACCUAAUAGCUCACAGAGUAUAUAAAGGCAACCAAAUGAUACAUCCAAACAUUAAAAUAUUUGCUGCAUGUAAUCCAUAUAGAAUUAGAACUAAAAGUUCAAGUGUUGCAGGAUUACAGGCUAAAAGAUUUGAUGAACAAAGAAGUAAUUUAGUUUAUGAAGUAAAACCAUUACCUGACCAAAUUUUAGAUUACGUUUGGGAUUAUGGUGUUUUAGAACCAAAAGAUGAAAGAAAAUAUAUAGAGAUUAUGACUAAAACUCAACUUAAUGAGAAUGGAUUAUAUCACGAUAUGCUUGCUGAUCUGUUAUUCACCUCACAACAAUUUAUUCGAAAUAUUGAGGAAAAAUAUACAGUUAGUUUAAGAGAUGUCAAAAGAGCCAUCACUUUAAUUAAGUUCUUUUAUAAUUCAUUACAAAAUCGGCCUCCAGCCAAAAAAGUAUAUCCACCAGCUAAACCUGAUAGAUUUAUACGCUCAUAUAUUCUUGGAUUAGGACUUUGUUAUCAAUCUAGAUUAUAUGAACAAGAACAGCGAAAAGCAUAUAGGCAAGAGAUGAGUAAAAUAUUUCUUAAGAAUAAGUUCCAAAUUCGUGAAGCAACAUUCAAUCAUGUGAUUAGAGAAGAGCAAGAAGAUUAUGUUGAAAGAAUGACACUUCCGCCUAAUACUGCAAAAAAUGAUGCAUUAUUGGAAAAUGUACUAGUUAUGAUUGUUUGCAUUCUCAAUAAGAUUCCUGUGUUUAUAAUAGGAGCUCCUGGUCAAAACUUGCGCGGUUCGGAUUCUAAUGAUGCAUACUUUAAAAAAUUGCCUCAGGUCUUUGAAAAAGCAAAGAAAUUUCAAGAUACAAGUUCUGAAGAUUUUCCUGUGAUCAGUGUUGUGUUAUUAGAUGAAGUUGGAUUGGCUGAAACAAGUCCACAUAAUCCAUUAAAAGUUCUUCAUUCUCUACUGGAACCAAGUUACCCUGCUGAAGGACCAGUUGUAUCUGUUGUUGGAAUUAGUAAUUGGAGAUUGGAUAAUAGUAAAAGUAGUAGGGCGUUACCACUGUUAACUCUUGACGAUCUUGAAGAUAUAGCAUUACGUUUAUUAAAUGAUGAAUCAACCACAAAAGUACAACCAUCUUCUGUAAGACACAUAGCGACAGCUUACUUAAAGUAUGAACAAUCUGAUCAAGAAAUUCCAAAUUUUCAUGGACUUCGAGAUUACUAUUCUUUAGUUAAAAGCCUUUCAACUCAAGAGUUAACUCCCAAAAAUAUACAAAUGUCUUUGGCUAGAAACUUUGGUGGAACAAAUAAUUAUUCUGAAAUAUGCAAAAAAUAUUUUGGAAGUGUUAUAGAUAUUUUUAAUUCCAAUCAAAGUUGGUCUUAUGAAUCAAUAUCUACGGAAUUUUUAAUUAAUGCAAAUCUUGAAGAUGAAUUUGCUAGACAUUUGAUGGUAAUCGGAAAUAGUGAUUCGAUUGUUAACUUAUUAGUCUAUCAAUUAAGACAACGAAAGUUGGAGCCAGUUGUUAUUUUUGGAUCGCAAUUUCCUAAAGAUCAAAAUGAUCAAGGAAGUGAUUACUCAUAUACUGUUUUAAGCAGAAUUAUGAUGUGUGUGGAAGCUGGUAGACCUCUCAUUCUAACUGAUUUGGAUAUAAUUUACGGAAGUCUUUAUGAUUUAUGGAAUCAAAACUAUAUAGUGGUUGGUAGUAAAGAUGAUCCUAAAUAUUAUACCAGAGUUGCACUUGGUGCUUACGCGAAUCCAAUGUUGUCCGUAUCAAAGAACUUUAGAUGUAUUCUUGUAAUGGAUGAAUCAAAAAUAGAAGAGGCUGACCCACCACUCCUAAAUCGGUUUGAAAAACAAAGAAUGACAAUGAAAGAUACAUUUACCUCCGAUCAUGAAGAAUUAGUUGAGGAAUUAAAUUCAUGGGCAAACAGAAUGUCAACUUUAACAUCAUCACAAUUCGCUACUUCACAGGAUAAAUUUACAUUAAGCGAUUUGUUUAUUGGAUUUAAUCCAGAAGAAACUAUUCACAGCUUGGUUAUCGAUAUUAAAGAAAAUUAUUACUGGAUGGAUAGUUUGGAGAUCUUGGAAAAAUGUAAAGAAUGCUUAAUUGCGAUUGCUUCUUCUGAUGGUGUUGUCAGAGCUGAGAAAUCUGCAUUGGAACCAGAAGAAAUAGAACAAUGCAAGAAAGUGUACUUUAAAGAUCAACAUCAUGAUAAUCUAGAAGAUUAUUUUUCAUCUCUACUUGUUACAAAUCCAACAACCAAAGGAUAUCAGAUUAUUAUAAACACAUUUUCAAAUAUUAAUACGGACAUAGCGAAAUGUCUUAAAAACGUGUUAACUUGCCAAGUACUUAAACUUUCAACCUUUAAAACUGAAGCAGAAUUUCAAAAUCAAAUUAAACGAUUUUGGUUUGAUUCCCCAAAUAAAGAGAUGUUGGUAUUACAAUGUGACCUUACUACUGCUAAUGCAGGAUGCAUUAAAUUAGCCAAAUUCUUAAUAGAACAAUAUCGAUUGGAAUAUUUAACAAAAAUGAAGCAGCAAAUUCAAAUGUCAGGAGAACAAGAAGAAAACUUUAUAGUUAAGCAUGUAUGUAUAAUACUUCACAUACAUAGAAAUAACCAGAUGCAAUGGAAAGGUUUCAACUUUAUGUGUAAAUGGAAACAAGUUACAAUAGAAACUUUGGUUCGACAAGAAAAACCUUUGUCAUCGCUUUUAUAUGGAAAUCUUUGUGAGAUCAUUGAAGAGACUUAUCCGUUUGAAGAGAUUUUGAAACAAGAAUUGUUGUCGUGCUUAUUAUGUAUUAAGUACCCUUCUACUCUUAAAGGAGUUAACCAUCUGAAAUAUAUAGCAGAAAAUAUUCCAAGAAAUCAAGAACUUGUUGAUGUAUUGAAGGCAAGAACAAAAGAAUAUAUAGAACAAGAAGAUUCAUUGACGGAUUGGCAAUAUCAUGUUGCAUCUAGUAAAAAAUAUUUGUAUCCACAUUCAUCAUUUGUUACAGCAUUGUUAACACAUGUUAGAACGAUAGUUCGAAAUCCAUUAGCUAAAUUAUUAUGCGCACUUGAAAGGUUUUCUGCAAUAGGAACAUUUAUAAAUCUCGAUAAUCUCAAAGAUCAGCAACAAGAACAAUUAAAAACAUUUUGGAAAGAAAUGUUUGCAGAUAGAGAUGUUAUCAAUAUUGAUUUAUUACCACCACCAAAAGCUGAUAGCUAUUCAUUACUAGCAAGAGUUCAUCAUCUCAAAUUUCCAUUUUCUUACUACUUUAUGAAACAAAUUGAUCGUUUUAAAAGGCUUUACGAGGAAGAAAUUGCCAAACUUCUUGAAGACCCGGAAAAUCUAAAUGAUGAUGGAACAUUGCUUAGUGAUGUAAAUGAGGAUUAUAAUAAGGGAUUCGCGAAUAAUAUUUUUAAUUCGAUUAAACAUCUCAAAUCAUCGCCACUUGAAUGGAAUAGGGAAUUAUAUUUUGAAGAUUUUAUUUCAGUAAUUUGUUCAAACGAACCUGGUUACAAGAAAACGAAAAAGCCUCAGAUCAUGUCACUUAUUUUUAAAUGGUUACUUGGACUUGAGAAGGUGCUGAAUCCAAUACUUUUACAUAUUUUUUGGUGGAAUAAUUCGAGCAGUGUUCUUGUAAAAUUCCAACUAGCACAAAUGAGUUCAAAAGUUAGUGUUAUGAUUGAUCCAGAAGAUCAUUCUUUUGAAAAAUUCCUCGUUUUUGAAGUAGCAGAACAAAAGUUAUAUGAUCUUGAAUCGAUAGAAAUUGAUCAACUACCAGAAUGGCAACAUGAGGCAACCAAGAUUAUAUCACUUUGCACAAAACUCCCAGAAGCUUCUGAUAUACAAUCUUUCCAUCUUUUGCAAAUAUGUAGUGAUUUAAUAUCUACUGAAAAAAUUCCUUUAAAAAAUAUUAAAGAAAUCAUAAAAGCAGCAUACGCAAAGGAAGUAGAGGAAAUUUUCACUAGUAAAUUUAUAAAAACAGUAUUUCAAAUUCUGGAUGGAAUUAAAGAUCAUACUCCGAGGAAAUUAUUUAUUAUUAAAUGUCUUGAUGUUCUUCCAUUAAUUUCAAAUAUACGUUUAGAGCUUUACAAUAACUUAUUUUCCAAGGAUCCUUUCCCACUUAUGUCUAUAAUUAUUUAUAAAAUCUUUCAACAAGAAGAUGAGAAAAAUAAGGAUAUAUUCAUUCAAUUGCUCAAAAUGCCUAAAAAAGCUCUGGAGAAGUCUCCGAGAUUAAAAGCUAUUAAUAAAUGCUUAUCAAAUAAUGGACUUGGCUCUUUAAUGGCAACUUUAUGUUGUGAUGUUUUACAAAAAUCAUUUUUCUGCAAUUCAUUUCUUAAGGAAUUUGUUCAUCGAUUCUGGGAACACACUAAUAAUGGCAAUAAAGUUUCCGACCCUAUAGAAAUUAAUAAUCCCCAAAUUGAAGAUAUUGAUAUAUUUGACUUAAUUAGUAAACUUAAUUCUAACAUGGAAAAAAAUAAACAAGUUCCAUUGAUCCAUUCUCUUAGAAUAUAUUUUUUGCGCGCUUUACGUCGAUGUAGUGAAUUCUCGUUGGAUGAUGUAAAACGAUUUUGUAAAGCUCAAGAAUAUACAUUACCUUGGUUAUCAAGCUUAUCAUGGGAGGAUGAUAAUAAAUCGAAUAGGUUCCCUUUUAAUCCAUACAGAUCGAUAGAAGAUUAUAAUGGUUUAGAAACUACAUUUGCUUCACUCCAUAACUUUAAGAAUACAGGACCGUUUGAAAAGAAUUUCUUUGCAAAGUUCAAAAAGAAAGAUUCAAAUCUAUCACAUGUUGCAUUAAUGGGAUUAAUUAUUAGUCGAUUGCACGCAAUUAGAGCUUCACGCGAAUGGACAGAAAAUGAAACAACAACAGCAUUAACUUUGCAAGAAAAAAUUGAAAGCGUUGGUCAUCUUUCAAAAAUCUAUAAAACUACAAUUCAAAAUCUUAUAUCUAAUGAACAUAUACUUUUAAGACUGAAUGAAACUACCAAUAAUCAGGAUUUAUUGAUUAAAUCUGUCAUUGGACAUGUUAUUUCAUUGCAUGCAUCUAUUCGUCAUGAUCUAUCACCUCUUGCUAAUUUGUUACAGAAUUUACAUUACUGUAAUGGAUUAUUUAUUCCGUCUACUCCUUCAGAUGAAGAAUCCAUUAUUUUGAGUGCAGUUCUUCAAAGGGGGGGAUAUUCAUGCAGAUGUGGAUAUAAAUAUGUCAUUGGAGAUUGCGGUUUCACGAACGGAACGGGAACAUGUCCUGACUGUGGAAGGAGAAUAGGUGGUAUAGAUCAUGUUGCAGCAGAAGGUCAAAUGAAGUUGGAUACUAAUCCGAUUAGAAUUCCAUUAAGUGCCAAGAGCCAGACUGGAUAUAUUGGUGAACCAAUAAACCAAGAACCUGCACAAUCAGUUAGAACGAUGUCACCUACUUCAUAUCGUAUUUUACAUUUAUUCAUUCAUGCGAUAAUAGGAGCUUGGGCACAUGCACAGUUAGCAUUAGCGUUCUUGCAAAAAAAUAACAUUACAGCCACUGAUGCUGGAGGGUAUUGCAUGAACCAUAUAAAAAAUGAUUGGACAGUUCUAAGAAGGAUACUUAACACCUCAGAUGAGAAUUUGGCGUUAGUUAUGCAUUCAAUUUUGGAUUUAAUGGCUCGGCGACCAUGUAAAAUAGCAUCAUUGAAGACUUCAGCCGAACGAGAUGAAUGGGAAAUGGAAUUUAAAGAUAAAUAUGUCAUACCUCAAGUCAGAAAUAUUGCUGAAACUGCAGUCAACUUCCAAAACAAACUUGCAGCAGCUGAUAAGGCUCAGGAGGAUGUUAGUAUUAUCGAAGCUGAAAUAAAUCAAACUCUUGCAAUGGAUAAUAAUUAUCAACUUGAACAUUUACCAAAAAUGUGGAGAUUUAUAUCUGAUAUUAGUUAUCAAAGUCUUCAUGCUUAUUAUUUGAGUGAUGAAGAUAAAUAUUCUAAAGAUUAUCCAUUUUUAGCACAAUUUUUCAAACAUUCUGAAAAACUAUCGUUAAUAAAGUACCUUCAACCAAUUGUGAGAUUUGUGCAAAUCUUAUCUUCAAAAUUAGAAUAUCGAUUAAAUAGGGAUGAUGCUAAUAUUCAAACAUUUGAAGAAUUUAUUGAAAAUGAAGGAGGAGAAUUUGAAUUUGAAUAUACUGAUAGUAAUUUUUUGAGAUCAGCAUUUGAAGAUUUUGCUGAGUCUUGGAAUGAAAUUAUUAAUAAAGUUCAAAAUUAUCAAUGUCACACUAUUUCAGAUCCAAAACCAUUUAUAGAUCUUAAAUCACCUGUGGUAUUAGGAUUAAUUGAACCAGUUAAUUCUGGUGUAUAUAUUUGUGCAAUUUUAGAUUAUCUUGUUGAAUUACAGAAUGAAUUCUUACAAGAUGUUAUGACCAUUCCUUCUGAAUCUUCGAGUUCCCUAAAAUUUUUGGAUGAGACAUCGUUUAAUGAGACAGUCACAUCAACUUCUUCACAAACAGAAACAGGCACAACAAUGCACCAUUAUAUUCGAUCUGUUCGUCUAGAAAAUGCUAAAUCCGACAAUUUUAUCAAUUAUGAAUGGGAUGAUGACCUUCUCCAAUAUAGCCAACGAAAUUUGCAAAUAGGAC